CCAUCUUGGCAAAAUACUAAAACUUUACCCCCACCCCCCCUCUUAAAAUUCAAAUAUACUGUAGUUCGAAAAUCAGACAUUUCUUCCAGUCGUGUUGCGAAAGAUCGAGUAAACGCUUGCAAAUAUUUAAACAAGGAAAUAAAAAGUAGCGUUUCAGAAACCACCGCCGGCUUUUUCCAGUAAAGUGGUUCCUUCCAGUAGGGUUGAGCUCAUUGCUUUCCAUUUACUUAUCCACACAUUUUGAUAUUUUUGAAAGGCAAAGUGGCAAUGACAACGAACGCAACGUUCAGACCAUUUGUGUGAGUCACGAAUCUGCCUUGAAACUGAAAUGGCUCAGAUCCGCCUAAAAAUUCUCCCCAGUGUCCGCUGUGUCUUUGACAAACUGGUUCAAGUUAAAGUCGAGGGUCUCGCUCCCCACAAACCGGUGGAAUUGAGGUCGAGGUUGGUUGAUGACAAAGGGGUGGUUUUCAAAGCUUCCGCCCUCUACAAAGCUGAUGAAAAAGGCCUGGUAGAUGUGAGUAGCGACCCCUCUCUGGGAGGAAGUUACACUGGAGUGGAGCCCAUGGGUUUAUGGUGGUCCAUGGUGCCAGACACCCCGCACAAAAAACUUGUGAAGAAGAAUGUGCUGAGCCCAACUCUUGUGGAAAUAGCAGUCCACAAUGGAGGUAGUGGAGAGGUGUUAGCCUGUGAAACCAAUGAGAGAGAAUACAUGAUGGAGGGCAUGAGGAGAAUUCCUGUGCGAGAGGGACGUGUGCGAGGAGUCCUCUUCGUACCACCAGGCAAGGGGCCAUUCCCUGGAAUUCUAGAUUUAUAUAUUUUAGGUGGAGGCCUCAAUGAGCAGCGAGCCAGCCUCUUGGCAAACAAAGGUUUUGUUGUGCUGGCACUGGCCUAUUAUCGCUACCAGGACUUACCCAAAAAUCCCAAGAACUUGGAUUUGGAAUAUUUUGAAGAGGCUGUGAACUUUCUACAGAAACUUCCAGAGGUUCAAGGUCCUGGAAUAGGCGUCAUAUCAAUGUCCCAUAGUGGUGCUUUGGCUUUGUCGAUGGCAUCGUUUUUCUCAGGAAUCACAGCAACUGUUUGUAUUAAUGGCUGCAGUGGAAAUACUGUGAUUCCAUUACACUACAAAGACAUAGUUAUGCCCGCACUCCGACCCGUCUUAUGGAAAAUCAAAAUCAGGAAAUCUUGGUUGAUUGAUAUACGUGACGUCACGCCGGAUCCAACCCUGACCAAAAAUCGAGCGUCUUUGAUUCCUAUAGAGCGAGCCACCUGCCACUUCCUGUUUGCUGUUUCAGAAGACGACCGCAACUGGAACAGCGUUUUUUUUGCCAAGCAAGCUGCUGACAUUUUGAAAAGUCAUGGCAAGGAAUCCUUUCAGGUGGUUUCUUAUCCAAAAGCUGGACACUUCUUGGAAGUCCCUCACAUGCCAUUUUGUCCAUCUUCUUUCCACGCUGCAGUGGGAAGAGCUGUGGCGUUCGGUGGGGAGCCAAAGGCCCACUCGGCGGCUCAGCUGGACCUUUGGCAGCGAGUCCAAGCGUUCUUUAAUAGACACUUGAACAACAAGCACGCUUAUUAGCAAGCAUCAAGUGUGCCAAGACUCACCUAUUUUACACAAAAUUAGGUCAAUACAACAAGGACACUUACCCACUUUAUUAGUUAACUGUCUCAAUAAUUAUGAAGGUCUAACUGGAUGGCAAAAUACUCCACUUAACAGUACUACAAAUGAAUGUCUACAAAAUGAUAUUGCUUUCUAUUGAAUAAUAUACAAAACACAUUUAAAGACUAAUUUGUGUUUUCUGCCAUUGUCCAACAUAAAUAGAUGUGAAAUUGCUGUAAAAUCUCCAGUCUUAUUUAUCUCACAACAACACUAAAACGGUUUUACAGCUUUACAAUCAUGUGUGUUCUUCAGUGUUAGCGAAUCAGAUUGCAAAGUGGUUGCAAAUAAUCUGUAGCAGGAAUAAGAUAAGAUCAUUUAAAGCAAAG